GGCGACGGUGGGGAGGGGCAAAGCUCUGGGGUCCUGGAGGGACGUCGCGAAGCACGAAGACCCAGCGAGCAUCAUGGAGAGCUCAGGGGAGCAGCCGAGCCCACCACAGCCUCUGCAUCCCGGCGACCACCGCAUCCACGACGGCGACUUCGUGGUGCUGAAACGCGAAGAUGUGUUUAAAGCAGUGCAGGUGCAGCGCAGAAAAAAAGUAACUUUUGAAAAACAGUGGUUCUACCUGGAUAACGCCAUUGGCCAUAGUUAUGGAACCACAUUUGAAGUAACCAAUGGAGGAAGUCUUCAGCCCAAGAAGAAGAAGGAAGAGCCCACCUCAGAAACUAAAGAAGCAGGCACUGAUAAUCGAAAUAUAAUUGAUGAUGGAAAAUCUCAGAAACUUACUCAAGAUGACAUAAAAGCUUUGAAAGACAAGGGCAUUAAAGGAGAGGAAAUAGUUCAGCAGUUAAUUGAAAAUAGUACAACAUUCCGAGACAAGACAGAAUUUGCUCAAGAUAAAUAUAUUAAGAAGAAGAAAAAGAAAUAUGAAGCCAUCAUUACUAUUUUGAAGCCAUCCACCCGUAUUCUUUCAAUUAUGUAUUAUGCAAGAGAACCUGGAAAAAUUAACCACAUGAGAUAUGAUACACUAGCCCAGAUGUUGACCUUGGGAAAUAUCCGUGCUGGCAAUAAAAUGAUUGUAAUGGAAACGUGUUCAGGCUUGGUGCUGGGUGCAAUGAUGGAGCGAAUGGGAGGUUUUGGCUCCAUUAUUCAGCUAUACCCUGGAGAUGGACCUGUUCGGGUAGCAACAGCAUGUUUUGGAUUUCCCAAAUCCUUCCUCAGUGGUCUUUAUGAAUUCCCCCUCAACAAAGUGGACAGUCUCCUAAAUGGAACAUUUUCUGCUGAGAUGUUAUCUUCAGAGUCAAAAGACAGUACUCCGACUGAGAAAAGUAAUGGUGCACUUGAGGAAAAGCAGACUUCUGAACAAGACAAUGAAGACAGCAUGGCAGAGGCUCCAGGGAACAACCACCCAGAAGAGCAUGAAACAAUGGAAAUUGUUUCUCAAGAAGAGCCAGAAUAUAAGGAGCCUAAAGAGAGAGGAAGCAAAAAAGAUUAUGUUCAGGAAAAGCAAAGGAGACAAGAAGAACAGAGGAAGAGACAUUUAGAGGCUGCUGCUCUGCUUAAUGAAAGAAAUGCGGAUGGUUUAAUUGUGGCCAGUCGUUUCCAUCCCACUCCUCUGCUGCUGUCUUUGUUGGACUUUGUGGCUCCUUCGAGGCCAUUUGUGGUCUAUUGUCAGUAUAAAGAGCCUUUGUUGGAAUGCUACACAAAACUGCGGGAGAGGGGAGGCGUCAUCAACCUCAGGCUGUCUGAAACCUGGCUCAGAAAUUAUCAGGUUUUGCCAGAUCGAAGUCAUCCCAAAUUGCUGAUGAGUGGAGGUGGAGGGUACCUUCUGUCAGGUUUCACCGUUGUCUUGGACAACGUUAGAGUGGACCCCAGCCUCAAAUCCAGCACAAGCACUUUAGAAUCUCCCAAGGCUGAGGAGCCAGCACCUAAAAAACAGAAAUGCAUGGAGUCUGGGUCUUAACUCUUCAAGGAUUGCUUUGAUCUUUGUUCUCAUUCUGUAGUUCGUAAUUAAACUUUAAAUGCCAUUACUAACUAUUUCUUUGUAUCCUAAAAAUAAGAACGUACACCCCUUCCUGGGAAGGAGGAGUAAGCCUUUUGUCCACUUCUGACACAGAAGAGUGUAAUCUGUCAAAACUACAACUCAUUUGUGCAUUCGUGGGUUGAUACAACAACUCUGUUUAUUUAACAGUACUUCUGAACGCUCUGCGAAUACCUUGGAAAUUUCAACAUCCUGAAAUGUAUUUAUACAAGACUUUAUAUUUUAAGCUAAGUGGAUUGUCAUGAUGUAGCUAAAAUUUAGUGGAUUCCGAAAGGAAGAAAUUUGUGGAUGAAAUUUCCUUUGUUCAUUCCAUUCUCUUCAGCCUAAGCAAUAUGGAUGUAUGAGUGUAUGAGAUUUACAGUACCAAAAAUGUCCACCCUGCUCUCUGAAGUGGAGUAAACUUUUUUUAAUGCUAGAUUUUAUUUUAAUGGUUGACAACCUGGGAAAGUUACAAGUAUUUAUUGCUUUUUUUUUUCUUUCUUUUUUUUUGGUGUGUAGAAAGGUUUAGUAGGGUUUUUUUUUUUUUUCUCUUAAUUUGCCAGUCCUCUUGUACUUUGUUCCAAAUAAAGUGACUCCAAUUUUUGUGUAAUAUUUAAUUAA